UUAAAAAGACGUCAGCGUUGACUGUAUUAACGAUUGACACAUUUUAUAACUGGUUUAUAUUUAUUAAGAAAGACAAUUAAAUAUAUAGAUUAAUACCGAUCGAGGUAUCAUUUAAUCUUCUAUGUUCUAUGGAGUUUUUGCAGUUUCUAUCAUGCGCUUGCAUCGUAUUUACAGUCGGGAUGUUCUCGACUGGACUGACGGACCUGAAAAAGAUGAGGGCCUCUAAAAGUGCAGAAAAUGUCCAAUUCCUCCCCUUCCUCACCACCUGCCUCAAUAACAUGGGCUGGCUGUAUUAUGGGUUGCUAAAGAGUGAUGGAACUCUUGUCCUGGUCAACGUCAUAGGAGCCUGUCUGCAGUUACUCUACAUAUUUUUCUACUGUCACUACAUCAAAGAUAAGAGGCGAGUUACCUCUCAGGCAUUACUAGCAGGAGGAGUGCUGUGUGGAGGCUGGCUGUACUUCAGUGUUCUCCUACCUCAGGGAGAGUCUCAGCUAGCCCAGCUGGGCCUCGCCUGCAGCCUGUUCACUGUUAGCAUGUACCUCAGUCCACUUGCUGACCUGAUGGAGAUAGUGCGCAGUGGUAGUGUGGAGCGUUUGUCCUUCUCUCUGACUGUUGCUACCUUCCUCACAUCCACGUCCUGGACGUUGUAUGGACUACAGCUGCAGGACUUCUACAUCAUGAUUCCCAAUACACCUGGCAUCGUGACCAGUUUGAUACGUUUCUUCCUGUUCUGGAGGUUUGCAUCUGCCAGUGAAGUCAUGCCAUCCUAUAAGCUCAUCCACAUUUAAUAAUGCAAAGUCGCCCACCAAUUUUAUAGGAUUCUCUACCCAAUUGUUAAGUUAUUAAGGAUCACUCCUGACCAAGUAAGUUCUGUAAUUUAUAAAAUAUACAGCUCCAGAAAAGAUUUAAGAGACAACUGCACCUUUUUCUUUCCUUUCCAAAAGAGUCA